GAGGCGAUUUUAUUGUAUUGAUUGUUAGAGAACACGUGUUGGUGUACCGUGUCCAAAUAAAACCUCGUUCUUUAAUAAAUAAAAAUAAUAAUAAAUUAAUACUAACUGGCCAAGUCAAACAAAUAAUGGUAGUAAUGAGCCAGGUUAAAAAACCUAAACGUGAGUUGUUCAACGCCGAGGAUAUUGCUGCACAAUUGGAAUCGGACAAUGAAGGCGGUGCCGACGACAGUGCCGAACAGGAGGAUGAAGUGCAAAAAGAAAUAAAAAUUAUUGCUCAAGAAGUGAAAAUUGUAAAAUCAUUGGCCUGCAAUGAUCUUAACAAAAGGAAUAAACAAAUGAAAAAGUUACGCAGAUGGCUGCAGUUGCGCUCUCAGUCAUCUUUCCCCUUUCAACAAGAGGAUUUUAUGAGAAUAUGGAAGGGUCUCUACUAUAAUAUGUGGUAUUCCGACAAACCGCUCGUACAAGAAGACUUGGCCGAACAGUAUGGCAAACUGCUGGAUUGCUUUGAAGGAAAUUUGGGAAUGAGUGUGAAUUUCUUUGGCGCAUUCCUUAACACCAUGUGUAUUCAUUGGUUCGGCAUCGAUCAGUGGCGUAUUGAUAAAUUUAUGAUGUUAACUAGACGUAUGCUACGUUAUAUGUUCGAAAUAUUGAAAGCGAGUAAUUGGGGUAAAGAUGCGGUCGAAAUCUUCAACAAGCAUGCUACCGAAACUGUUCUCUUCGAGAAUGUGGUUGCGAAAGGUUUGACUAUGCACUAUUUGGAUAUUUUCUUUGAAGAAUUGGCCAAAGUUUCUGAAGGGAAUAUUUCGGCAGAGCAAGUGGCUCUGUUUGUGAAACCAUUUGUUGCGUUCACAACUACACAAAAAGAUUAUCAACUGAUUUCCCAUUGUCGCACCAGAGUGUUCUAUCAUCUAUUGUAUCAAAGCGAUUUGGGCCGGGAAUAUUCCGAAAAGUACAAUGCAUGGAAAGAAAUGGGAUUCCCCACCAAACAUAUUGAUGAUUUAGAAAAGUGCGAAGUAUCUGAAGACGACGAAGAAGAUGCCGGGGAGGAGUUGGAGAACGACAAUGAAAAUCAGGCUGAAAACGAAGAAAAUGACAAUCAAAAUAAACAUUUAGAUCCACGUGCUGGUAACGUGGAUGUGUUUAUGCCGGUAUUGCCCUUAGAUGCUGAACCAAUCAUUAAAGAUUUGGAAAAUUUCCUAUACAAAGAAGAAUGUGCUACUAAACGUCGCAAGGUGCUAAAGAAACUCGUGGAGACAUUUAGGACAUAUCAAAAUGGCGAAUUCCCUCUGGGUAUUAAGACAAUGCCAAGGUUUGACCAGAAAUCUGAGGUGCCCCUAAUUAAGGAUAAAAUCAAACAACUAGAAAAUUUGGAGAAUGAGUUGUAUGGAGUUGAUAGGAAAUUGAAACAGCUUACAAAGCGUAAACGUAGAAAGCUUUUAAAAUCACUCAAUUACGAUGAAAUUGAUGAAAGCAACUAUGAACAGAAAUUGGAAAAGGCUUUGCCAAAGGAUUAUCUGGCAGAACGAAGGAAGAAGUCUCAAAAAGCAUUUAUGGCUGGAUGGAUAGAAGAGGAGCUGGAUGAGACAGAUAUAAAACCAAAAAAGGCAAAGAAACAUGAAAAUAUAACAGAGAAGGAAAAUGAUGACACGAACCAGAAUAUGAUAAAGAAGCCUAAGAAACAAAAGUUGUUGACAGAAAACGGAACAGAGGGUGAACCACAGAAGAAACAAAAACGAUUAGAUAAAUCGUUAGAAGGCAUUACAAAUGGCGAAAAGAAAGUAAAUAAACAAUCCAAAAAAGAUGUGGAAAGCACACAAGAGGGAAAGGAAAAUGGAAAAGAAAACACAUCUUCCGAAAACAAAAAAUUGAAAAAAGCUAAACAAAAUAAUGCAAACGAAAAUGUUGCAAUAAAUGGCGAUGCAAAAUUAAAUAAAAAAUCAAAAAAGGAAAAGGCAUUCAAACAAGAAGAGGGAGAACCCGAAAGUUUAGCGGAAAGUGCUAAUGGAUCGCCAAAAAAUUCUGUAAAACUGACACAUGUGUUGAAAAUUUCGGGAAAUGAAGAUCAUCCAGAAACGCCUAAAGCCAAACCUAAAGAACCAAAAGUUUUAAAAAUAUCUGAUCCCGACGAGCAGGUUACGCCCAAAAGCAAGAAGUCGCAAAAAUCACUAACUUCAACCCCAUUGAACGAAUGGGAUGAACCAUUGGCCGAAGGUGAAAUCGAAUAUUUUCUACCAUCGCGCAAGUUACAAUUAAAGAAAGCCAACGCUGAUUUGGUAGUAAAUCCUCUUGCAAAGAGCCGUCUCAGUGCUAGUCAACAAUCCACGCCCCUGAACUCGAAAAAACUUUCGUUAUCAACGGCAAACACUCCCAGUACGCCUGGUGGCACAAAACGUGUUAAAAUCGCGCUUAAACACAACACCUCACAGAAUCCUGCCGAGUAUAUACAGCAAAUUAAAAGCUCGCCCAACAUACCUUACGAUGCAAAAAAGAAACCCGGCAAAGGGCUUUUGAAGCCGAAUGCUAUGCCCAGUCCCAUUAAUCCCUUUUACAAAAAGAAGAUAGGAUUAAAAUUACUUAACGACACUAUUUGAUAUUGUUGCAGUAAAUUUUCAUUUUUUAAAAAAUAAGUAAUAUUUUGUUAAUUUAAAUAAAAGAAUGAUAAUAGAUUUUUUAGAAAUAAAACCAACUUUUAAUUAGGUAGAUCUGACUUGCAUUCAUUAAUAAAAAAAUAUUAAAAACAUA